AUGGAGAGGGAGGGCGGCGACGUGGCCAUGCCGGACGUCAUCGUGCCACCGCCACCACCAACCAGCGGAACGCAGGACGAGCAGUCGGCCGCUCCGCCGGUGCAACCAGCCGGGGACGUAGUGGUGACGGACUUGACUCAUGAGGUUCGCACACCCGCGCGCCGCCGUCUUGCAAAGGCGGCCUCGACGCCGCGGCCGCUGGAGGCCGGAGCUGCGAGUUCGUCGGUCCCUCAUACCGAAGCGACCAGCGCCGCGCCCGCUGGCUGGGUACGCGGAGGUGGGACGGGCGCCCUGGCCCAGGCAUCCCUUGACGUCCAGGCCAAACUCUGGGCCGAAGCCGAAGCCCUCAAGCGAUGCAACGAGGUGUUCCUGGAGUCGUGGGCAGCCAUCCGCGACUACCACAAUCUUCGCGCGGUCACCUUCAACUCCAGGGUCCGGGAGCUGGAGACGCAGACCACCCAUCUGUCCGAGAGCCAGAAAGCCAACGCCACCUUGCAGCAGCAGCUGGGCGAAGCCAACACCGCCCUGCGCGGCAAGGAGGCGGAGUGCAGCAAGCUGGCCGAGGAGCGUGACCGGUUGGUCACUCAGCUCGCGGAGCAGGUGGAGGCCCUCAAGACGGCUCAGAGGGAGGCGAAAGCGAAGGAGACCGACCUCCUUGCCGAGUUCGAGAUCGAGCGCUCCGCCUGGGCCGACAAGGAGGCGCAGAUGAUGGCCUGCUUCAGCAGCAUCGAGGACUUGGUCGAAUACUUCUUCCCGGGCUACUCCGUUGUCGCGAACCAGAUCAUCGAGGCCCAGCACAAGGAGCGGAGGGCGGAAGGCGUGCAGAUUCCAGGCGUGCAGGCUCCGCGCACCCCCAGUCGGACUGCCGACUGGCUGGAGGUGGCAGCCGGCCGCCUGGAGGCCUGGAAGGGCUCUGCAGCUCGGGCAGGAGCGCACCGAGCCCUGGAGUUUGUCAAGGCAUGGUACCCUGGGCUAGAUCUAGCCCAGUUGACCAUGUUUCGGCUGGAGGCGCGGGAGGAGCUGGCAGUGGUGGAAGCCGAGCUUAUCAACAAGGCGGCGGCGAUCGCCGACUUCACCGACACCAGCGUCUUCAUCCCGGAGGUAGUCGAGGAAGGCGCUGAAGCGCCGCUGGAGUGGCUCGGGCUGAACCCGGAGGACAGCGAGGAUUCGGCUGAAGUCUUCGACUCCAGUGACGAAGGGGAGGAGGAGGAGGAGGAAGAGGAGGAGAGCGAGGAUGACAUGCCGGAGGUUGGAGCGGAUGGUCAGCCCCAACCUGACCAGGCCUCAAGCAACGAUCCGCGCUCCAAAGUGGCGACUGCUGCUGGAAGCGGCCAGGCGGAGACCGACCAGCCACUCGUUCCUCCGACGGACGUCGCCGACUCUGCCAUCCGGCCUUCCGCCGUCCCGACUGGUGCCACCGAGUCCACCGCUCAGCCGGAGCCGCCUGCUGCACCAACCGGCACAACCGACUCCAUCGUUCAGCCGGAGCCCUCUGCUGCACCAACCGGCACCGCCGACCCCAACGUCCAGCCGGAGUCUUCUGCUGCUCCUUAG